GGGGAGACGAUACAGCAAACGCGAAAUCAGGUGCACGAUGAGGCGUGAGGUAUGACGGAGAUCGGGAGUUGAUGAACGUGCGACAUGUUGUGUUGAGCGAGGAGAGUCGAGAAGGAGAGAGCGAAGCGAAGAAGGUGGGAGAGAAGAGCAGUGACGAUGACCGACCGACCGAUGGAGAUGAGGAGAGAGAUGCGCGAGAGAGAUCUGCUCGGAGACGCCAGAGCGCGAGAAGAAGACCUAGCCGUUGGAAGAAGCACGUACACGCAGCGAUACCGACAGCGAUCGCUGCCGAGACUGCAGUGCGUGUACGGUGCCGUCUCCGCCGGCUACGUCGUCUUGUCCCGGCCUAGGCGUCCCACGAACGACUCGCCCAAACGCGCCAUCCCUCCGCCUCAUCACUUGGCCGCCCAUGAUCGUGCGCGACUGAGCAAGCCGGGCCCUUUGCGUGACGCCGACCUCGAUGCCGACGGCGGAGGUGGCGGCGGCGCCAUCGUGGCAGGUUGAUGCAGCGGCAGUGGUGGCGGCGAUGGCAACUGCUGCUGCUGCUGCUGCGGUGGUCGUUGCUGCUGCGGCGGCGCUUGCGGCC